GAACAAAGGCUUUUUAUCAUAGUUCCUCUGUUAGGAUGUCAUCGUCUGAAAAUGCUGCGUCAGAGGAAGUGUGUGAAGCAUCACCUGCCACAUCAGAACCUGAGCCUCUGAGGAUUGUUCUGCUGGGGAGGACAGGAACAGGCAGAAGCUCCUCAGGCAACACCAUCCUGGGCAGGUCCUCUUUCUGGGUCGACGUCUCCCCCUGUUCAGUCACCACACAGUGCAAAAGACAGAAUGGGACAGUGAAUGGGCGUAGCAUCUCUGUGAUCGACACUCCGGGGUUCUUCCACACUCACCUGUCCCCUCAGGAGGUCAUGGCAGAGGUGGGGCGGUGUGUUGUGCUGUCCUCUCCGGGACCACACGUCUUCCUGGUGACUGUAAAGACCGGCAGGUUCACGCAGGAGGAGAGGGACACCUUGGAGUGUAUCAAGGCUACAUUUGGGCCUGGAGCCACCAGGUUUAUCAUGGUGCUGUUCACCUGGGGAGACCAGCUGCAGGGGAAACUCAUAAAGGACUUCCUGGAGGAGAGCCAUGAGCUACUGGAGUUUGUCAGCAGCUGCCACGGGGGGUAUCACGUCUUUGAUAACAGAGAACAGGACAAGACCACGGAAUGUACACAACAGGUCAUACAACUCCUGAAGAAGAUAGACAAGACUGUGGCAGAAAAUGGAGGAGAUUGCUAUAACACUGAGAUGUUUAAGGAGGCUGAGAGGGCCAUCAGGGAGGCACAAGAGAGGAUUCUGGGAGAAAGAGGGCCAACAGUGGAGUCCUCUCAUAAGGAGGGUGAAGACAAGGAGGAGCAGGGACCGGAGUUUGAGAGGAGGAGAAGGAGGGAAGAGGAGGAGAGGAGGAGGGAGGAGAGGCUUUUCUGGUGCGAGCUGGUGACCGCGCUGGGGAAAGGUGCUGCAGAGGGCGCAGGGAUCAUGGGGAAGGAUAAAGGGAAAGGGAAAGCGGUGAAGAAGGCGAAGGUGGUGGAGAAGGCAGCAGCUCUGGCUGCAUCGCCGCUCUCCAUCAGUUCGGCCGCAAAAGCGGUGGGAGGGGCUGUGAGAGAGGGGAGCAAGGUGUUAUACAAACACAGAAAAACGUUCUUCCCCUGA